UGAAAAUUUUCCUAGCGCAUUUCACACCUCAGUCUAGCGCUAUUGCAUCCUACACAUUUGGCAACACUGCUUGCGUGUGUGGGGCCGAGGAUAAAAGCACAAGCAGCAGCAGGACCGACGCAGUCCCUCGCCAGAUCCAUGGAUCUCUGCCACACAUCGCCGCCCACUCUGAGCCUGCUACGAGAGCGCGGCGCCGGUGGAGGCUGGAGCUCGGGGCUCACUGACUGCGAGGAGGACCAGAAGGCUCGGUGCGGCGCGAGGAAGCCCAAGGUGUUCGAGAUGGGCCCGCUGGAAGACCCUGCCAUGGAGGAGCGUCGGCAGCAGGCCAUCUACACCAGGAGGAGCCGCGAGAACAGGAAGAGGGAAAUAGCGGAACUACAGCGCGAGGUGGAGGCGCUGCGGGAUAUUAAGGAACAGUGCCAAGAGAUGGUUGCGAACGUGAACCGCCUAGCGCAGAGUCAGCAGUGCAAGAUUAAGCAGCUGGAGCAGAGUCUUGCCAACGCUCGCCAACAACUGAGGGCGAGGGACGAGCAGCUUCAGAGUAACCAGGAGAGGCUGAGCCGCAUGAAAACCCACCUCGAGAUGAUCACCGAGGGCUGCGAGGAGAACAGCAUGGUGCGCCGCAUGAUCCUCAACCUGCUCGCUAGCAACACCAGCUAGUGUGCGGGGCCCAUAGUCUCACAUAUAUUGGGGCUUACACAACAACAUAUGACAUGAAAAGUGAAAAUUGCUGCACACAACAGUCUGCCGUCUGCACCGGGAGGCAAGGCAGCUCAAAGCCCAGGCUGUUACAACUCCUGGGCAGUUUUUGCCCAGAGCCAGCAAUUUUUUAGAUCCAAUAGGGAUGGAUUUUUUCUGAGGUCAGGUUCAACAUGCUGCAAGAUGCCAAGAUCUAAGCCUAGUAGAAGAUAUGGGUUACAAGAGAGGAGGUUUGCUCUGGCCUUAUACUAUCAAAGUCCAAAUGCUAAUAGAUUUCUGAGCACAGUAUUUCACUUGCCUUCAGUUUCAACACUUCACUCAUGACUCAGGGGUAUUUCAGUACAUGUUGGCUGGAGCAAACAGACUCUGACAGCCCUGCAGCAAAGAGCACAGGCUUUGUCAAAAGAAGAGAAACUUCGUGGGAUUUGCCAUUAUUUAGUAUUACUGGAGUAUGCAUCUCAUGUGUGGGGGGGCUCCACUCACACAGCUCUUCUGGACAGAGUGGAGGCAAAGGCUCUUCGUCUCAUCAGCUCUCCUCCUCAUACUGAUAGUCUUCUACCUCUUAAAUUCCGCCGCAAUGUUGCCUCUCUUUCUAUCUUCUAUCGAUAUUUCCACGCUGACUGCUCUUCUGAACUUGCCAACUGCAUGCCUCCCCCCCUCCCGCGGCCCCGCUGCACUCGACUUUCUACUCAUGCUCAUCCCUAUACUGUCCAAACCCCUUAUGCAAGAGUUAACCAGCAUCUUCACUCUUUCAUCCCUCACGCUGGUAAACUCUGGAACAAUCUUCCUUCAUCUGUAUUUCCUCCUGCCUACGACUUGAACUCUUUCAAGAGGAGGGUAUCAGGACACCUCUCCUCCCGAAACUGACCUAUCUUUCGGCCACCUCUUUGGAUUCUUUUUAGGAGCAGCGAGUAGCGGGCUUUUUUUUUUUUUUUAUUAAUGUUUACUUUUUUGUGCCCUUGAGCUGUCUCCUUUGCUGUAAAGAAAAAAAAAAAAAAAAACUCAUGUUACGCCAAGAAUUUUUUUCCAUAUACUUUGCCAAAUAUUGCAAGUAAUGCACCAUUGUUGGGCUUGCCUGUUAUAAAUCAGAUCUUGUUCAAUUAACAAGCUUUGGAUGUCUGCCACUUUCCAGUUGUAAUGCAAGGAAUCAUUUAUCUUCCCUGCUAGAUAUCACAUGUAAUGCACCAUUGUUGGUUUUGCCUGUUAUAAAUCAGAUCUUGUUCAGUUAACAAGCUUUAGGUGUCUGCCACUUUCCAGUUGUAAUGCAAGGAAUCCCCUGCCAGAUAUCGCAUGUAAUGCACCAUUGUUGGUUUUGCCUGUUAUAAAUCAGAUCUUGUUCAGCUCACAAGCUUUGAAUAUCUGCCAUUGUUUAUUUCAGGUGUAAUGCUUGGAAACAUUUGUUCUCUCCCCUACCCAACAGUAUGCAAUACUUUAUUGUGGAUUUUGCCUGUUAUGUUUAAUCUUGUUUAGGUAACAAACUUUUGGUGUCUGCCUUACCUAAUAUGUGCUGCAGUGACACUUGGCUUGGUUUCAUGAUGUGAAAUACAGCAUGUAAUUUCAUCACACUAAGUAUCUAUUAUCACGUGUCUGGCAUCAUUAAUGUGGCUUCCAGGAGUAAUCUUGUUUGUAUUACAGCAUGCAACUUUUUUUUGCUUUAUAUGAUAUACAUAAUCACAUAGGUAUGAUUUACAAAAUGUAAUGACAGUUGAUAUUCUUGACUAAUGCCUCAUAAACCGUGUGAAAAAUAAUGCUCUUUUGAGGGGGGGGGGGGGGGGGGACAGAGAGUGGUUUGUUUGGUUGGCCAGUUCAAGGAGUUUCAUAUCAAAUGAUUUUAUUACAUCCAACUUUAAUGUGUGCUAAAAACAUAUAUUUUAUUACAUCCAACUUUAAUGUGUGCUAAAAACAUAUAUUUUAUUACAUCCAACUUUAAUGUGUGCUUCCUGCAAUAAAUGCUACAUGUUUACUGAUGUAGCCUACGAAAUACAUAUCACUCUCUGCCCUGUAAUUUAAUUGGUGUGUCACAUACUGCAGCAUAACUUUCCUGCUAUUUUCUUACACUAUGAGUUGCCUUAUUUUGUCUCAUUUGCUUUUAUCAUAUGUGCCUCCGCUGCAUAGUUGUGCCUACUGAGCUUAAUAUCUUCAUGACCCUGACACCAAGGUCAGAGCUUGUGAGAUCAUACCGUGUCCUACAUUCCAUUUUCACCUCCAGGCUUGGCUGUCUCCCAGGACCACCAAGUUAUUGCAUUCCAUUUAAGACAACUCAUGUGUUACCUUCUUAAUGUCCUCCAUCAUGUAUUUCAGCAUGUUUUAUGAUGCUUUGCUCUUAUAUUGAUGUGCCUUGCAACAUUUUUAUACAGUUUUCAUUGUAUAUAAUGCACCAUUGUUGGUUUUGCCUGUUAUAAAUCGGGUCAUGUUCAGUUAACAAGCUCUGAGUGUCUCCCAUUGUUUAUUUCAGUUGUAAUGCUUAUAGAAGCUUUUGUUCUCUGCCCUGUCAAGCAGUAUGCAAUGCUUGCCAUUAUCUAGCACUUGUACAGUUAGCAUGAUAUUUUUACUCAGCUAAGAGCAUUUUGCAAAAGGUAAAGGUAAGGCUGGGGGCAUACGCUGUAGCAUCGCGUGGCCUCGGUGCUCAUCUCUGUAACAUUGGCCCUUGAGCCUGUGGUGUUAGGGAACCCAUUACCCUGGGACACAGGACCAGUGUGACAUCCGGGUUACCACAGUUGCAAAGGCAUUAUAGUAAUUUAGCAUGCAUAGAAUGUUGUAUGCUUUGCUUGUAUUUAAAGCACUGGAUAUGUUUGCUACACACACACACACACA